AGCCGCGAGAUGCGCCUUACUCACAUCUGCUGCUGCUGCCUCCUUUACCAGCUGGGGGUCUUGUCGAAUGGGAUCGUUUCAGGGCUGCAGUUCACCCCCGACCGCGAGGAGUGGGAAGUCGUGUUUCCUGCACUCUGGCGCCGGGAGCCGGUGGAUGCGGCGGGCGGCAGCGGGGGCAGCGCGGACCCGGGCUGGGUGCGCGGCGCUGGGGGCGGCGGAGGCGCCCGAACUCAGGCGGCCGGCAGCUCCCGCGAGGUGCGCUCGGUGGCCCCGGCGCCGCCGGGCGAGCCCGCCGAGGGCCAUUCCGCACCCCGGCCCCGACCUCGGCCGCCGUCGCCGCCAGCGGGCGAGGAGGACGAGGAGUUCGAAUCGCAGGAGCUGCCGCGGGGAUCCGGCGGGGCUGCCGCCCUGUCCCCGGGCGCCCCGGCCUCGUGGCAGCCGCCGCCCCCACAGCCACCCCCGUCUCCUCCCCCGGCCCAGGAAGCCGAGUCGGACGGUGACGAGGUACUGCUGCGGAUCCCGGCCUUCUCCCGGGACCUGUACCUGCUGCUCCGGAGAGAUGGCCGCUUCCUGGCGCCGCGCUUCGCGGUGGAGCAGCGGCCGAGUCCGGGCCCCGUCCCGACGCUGGCAGCAGCGGCCCGGCGCCCUCCGGCGCCGCCCGACGCCUCCUGCUUCUACACCGGGGCGGUGCUGCAGCACCCUGGCUCGCUGGCCUCUUUCAGCACCUGUGGAGGUGGCCUGAUGGGAUUUAUACAGCUCAAUGAGGACUUCAUAUUUAUUGAACCACUCAAUGAUACAAUGGCCAUAACGGGUCACCCACACCGUGUAUAUAGGCAGAAAAGGUCCAUGGAGGAAAAAGUCACAGAGAAGUCAGCUCCUCACAGUCAUUACUGUGGUAUCAUUUCAGACAAAGGAAGACCUAGAUCUAAAAAAAUAACAGAAAGUGGAAGAGGGAAACGAUAUUCAUACAAAUUACCUCAAGAAUACAACAUAGAGACUGUAGUGGUUGCAGACCCAGCAAUGGUUUCCUAUCAUGGAGCAGAUGCAGCCAGGAGAUUCAUUCUAACCAUCUUAAAUAUGGGAACACAUUUGCCCACACUUCAGUCAUUUCUUACCAUGUUCAGCUACCUCCAGAACAUUCCACCAGCAGUCUGUUACAGGCUUUCUAGGAAAGAUUUCUGUGUUCACAAAGAUGAACCAUGCGAUACAGUUGGUAUAGCUUAUUUGAGUGGAAUGUGUAGUGAAAAGAGAAAAUGUAUUAUUGCUGAAGACAAUGGCUUGAAUCUUGCAUUUACAAUUGCUCAUGAAAUGGGUCACAACAUGGGCAUUAAUCAUGACAAUGACCACCCAUCAUGUGCUGAUGGUCUUCAUAUCAUGUCUGGUGAAUGGAUUAAAGGACAAAAUCUUGGUGAUGUGUCAUGGUCCCGAUGUAGCAAGGAAGAUUUGGAAAGAUUUCUAAGGUCAAAGGCCAGUAGCUGCUUGCUACAGACAAAUCCCCAGAGUGUCAAUUCCGUGAUGGUUCCCUCCAAGUUGCCAGGGAUGACCUACACUGCUGAUGAGCAAUGUCAGAUUCUCUUUGGGCCAUUGGCUUCCUUUUGUCAAGAGAUGCAGCAUCUUAUUUGCACAGGGUUGUGGUGCAAGGUAGAGGGUGAGAAAGAAUGCAGAACCAAGCUCGAUCCACCCAUGGAUGGAACGGACUGUGACGCUGGUAAGUGGUGUAAGGCUGGAGAAUGUACCACCAGGACCUCAGCACCUGGACAUGUGGCCGGAGAGUGGAGCAUGUGGAGUCCCUGUAGCCGAACCUGCAGUUCUGGGAUCAGCAGUCGAGAGCGCAAAUGUCCUGGGCUAGGUUCUGAAGCAAGGGAUUGUAAUGGUCCCAGAAAACAAUACAGAAUAUGUGAGAAUCCACCUUGUCCUGCAGGUUUGCCUGGAUUCAGAGACUGGCAAUGUCAGGCCUAUAGUGUUAGAACUUCAUACCCAAAGCAUGGUCUUCAGUGGCAAGCUGUCAUGGAUGAAGGUAUGAGUAACCAGGAAAAACCAUGUGCCUUGUUUUGCUCUCCUGUUGGGAAAGAACAGCCUAUCCUUCUAUCAGAAAUAAUGGAUGGAACUUCAUGUGGAUAUCAGGGAAUAGAUGUCUGUGCAAAUGGCAGAUGUCAGAAGGUUGGCUGUGAUGGUUUUUUAGGGUCCCUUGCAAGGGAAGAUCACUGUGGUGUAUGCAAUGGCAAUGGAAAAUCAUGCAAAAUUAUUAAAGGAGAUUUUAAUCACACCAGAGGAGCAGGUUAUGUAGAAGUGCUGGUGAUACCUGCUGGAGCAAGAAGAAUCAACGUUGUGGAGGAAAAGCCGGCACAUAGCUAUUUAGCUCUACGCGACACUGGAAAGCAGUCUAUUAAUAGUGACUGGAAGAUUGAACACUCGGGAGCAUUCAACUUAGCGGGCACUACUGUUCAUUAUGUAAGACGAGGCCUCUGGGAGAAGAUCUCCGCCAAAGGUCCUACCACAUCACCUUUACACCUCCUGGUGCUGCUAUUUCAAGACCAAAAUUAUGGUCUUCACUAUGAAUAUACUAUCCCGUCGGACCCUCUUCCAGAGAAUCAGAGCUCAAAAGCACCCGAACCCCUUUUCAUGUGGACGCACACAGGCUGGGAAGAUUGUGAUGCCACGUGUGGAGGAGGAGAAAGGAAGACAACAGUGUCUUGCACAAAAAUCAUGAACAAAAACAUCAGCAUUGUGGACAACAAGAAAUGCAAAUACCUAACCAAGCCUGAGCCACAGAUUCGCAAGUGUAAUGAGCAACCAUGCCAAACAAGAUGGAUGAUGACGGAAUGGACCCCCUGUUCACGAACUUGUGGAAAAGGGAUGCAGAGCAGACAGGUGGCCUGUACCCAACAGUUGAGCAAUGGGACUCUGAUCAGAGCCCGGGAGAGGGACUGCUCCGGGCCUAAGCCUGCCUCCGCCCAGCGCUGUGAGGGUCAGGACUGCAUGACCGUAUGGGAGGCAGGAGUGUGGUCUGAGUGUUCGGUCAAGUGUGGCAAAGGCGUACGUCACCGGACCGUGAGGUGUACGAACCCUAGGAAGAAAUGUGUCCUCUCCACCAGACCCAGGGAGGCUGAAGAUUGUGAGGAUUACUCAAAAUGCUAUGUGUGGCGAAUGGGUGACUGGUCUAAGUGCUCAAUUACCUGUGGCAAAGGAAUGCAGUCCCGUGUUAUUCAGUGCAUGCAUAAGAUCACAGGAAGACAUGGAAAUGAAUGUUUUUCUUCAGAGAAACCUGCAGCAUACAGGCCAUGCCACCUUCAGCCUUGCAAUGAGAAGAUUAAUGUAAAUACCAUAACGUCACCCCGGCUGGCUGCGCUGACUUUCAAAUGCCUGGGAGACCAGUGGCCUGUGUACUGCCGAGUGAUACGUGAGAAGAACCUAUGUCAGGACAUGCGCUGGUAUCAGCGCUGCUGUGAGACGUGCAGGGACUUCUAUGCCCAAAAACUGCAGCAGAAGAGUUGA